AUGGCUCCCAGUACGCUCUGGCGCUGCUGCCAGCGCACCGUGGGCUGGGUGCCUGUGCUGUUCAUCACCUUCGUGGUCGUGUGGUCCUACUAUGCGUACGUGGUGGAGCUGUGCGUGUUUACACUUUCUGGAAAUGGAGAAAACGGAAAGGCCGUUGUUUACCUUGUGGCUUUCCAUCUGUUCUUUGUUAUGUUUGUAUGGUCCUAUUGGAUGACAAUUUUCACAUCUCCCGCUUCCCCCUCCAAAGAGUUCUGUUUGCCCAGUUCUGUAAAGGAACGUUAUGAAAAGGAAUUCAGCCAAGAAAGACAACAAGAAAUUUUGAGAAGAGCAGCAAGAGACUUACCUAUCUACACCACGUCGGCUUCAAAGACCGUCAGAUAUUGUGAAAGGUGUCAGCUGAUUAAGCCUGACCGUGCGCAUCACUGCUCAGCAUGUGACGUGUGUAUUCUUAAGAUGGACCAUCACUGUCCUUGGGUGAAUAACUGUGUGGGAUUUUCUAAUUACAAAUUCUUCCUGCUGUUUUUAUUCUACUCUCUGUUAUAUUGCCUUUUCGUGGCUACAACAGUUUUACAGUACUUUAUAAAAUUUUGGACGAAUGAACUCACAGAUACACGUGCAAAAUUCCACGUACUUUUUCUUUUCUUUGUGUCUACGAUGUUCUUCAUCAGCGUAUUGUCACUUCUCAGCUACCAUUGCUGGCUAGUUGGAAAAAACAGAACAACCAUAGAAUCAUUCCGUGCACCCACGUUUUCAUAUGGAGCUGAUGGAAAUGGUUUCUCACUUGGAUGCAAUAAAAACUGGAGACAAGUCUUUGGCGAUGAAAAGAAAUAUUGGCUGCUUCCAAUAUUUUCAAGCCAGGGUGACGGCUGCAGUUUUCCGACUCGCCUUGUGGGAAUGGAUCCAGAGCAAGCUUCUGUCUCAAACCAAAGUGAAAGUGCCAGAAGUAUUGGCUCAAAUCAGCCCUUUCCUAUCAAACCGCUUAGUGAAUCAAAAAACCGCCUGUUGGACAGUGACUCUCAGUGGCUGGAGAGUGGAUCUGAAGAAGGUGUUGGCGGAUCAGGGACAAAUAACCAUGUAACAGUGGCAAUAGAAAAUUGA